UGGCAGCCGACAUCCCAUCUCGAGGUCGAUGAGAUGCUGCCCAGUAAUCAGCUGAGCGCCUGAGUGACCUGACCAACGUGACCUGACCUCCGUGACUUGGCACUCCUCGGCCCCCGCAGGCACCAUGGCACGCCGGAGGAUCGCCCUGGGCCUAUUUAUCUUGUGAUGUGAGUGGGUGAGAGAGUGGGAGGCAGUUAGACAGGGACACUGAAGGCCCAACACCACCACCAGCACCACCUCCAGCAGCACCGCCACCAUGCUGUCGAUGUGCGGUCUGCUGUGCUCCGUUCUGCGAGGAUGGCGCCACAACCAGGCCGUCAUUUUAAUGGCCCGAGCGCUGUCCCAGACCAACUCGUCCAUCUUAGUACAGGACUUGACCGCUGGGUCGGGCUCGGGGACUGGCCAGGGGGGGGCCGUGUCCGCGUUCUGUGUGGCCGAGGGCGAGAGGGGACUGUCGCAACUCUUGUGGUGUGAUAAUAACAAGCAGGCGAUCAUUGUGUCCCCCAGGCAAUGCGUCGACCUCCAGCGCUGGACUCUCUUCCUCUCCACCGGCACCCCCAACCGCCCCCACCGCCCUGGCAGCAACGGCACCACCACAGCGGGCAGGGCGGAGGAGGACGGAGUAGGUGUGGGGGAGGGCGCCGCCGCCACCAUCACCGUGCUACUGGAGGCCACGUACAGGGAGAGAGACGAGGAGGUGCAGCCGGAGUAUCAUGUCAUGGUGGAGCAGCUCUCUCAACCCUAUGCAUGGAAAGCUCGCGAUGUGUUUGGGGUGAUCGUGACCACCACCCCGCCCCAGCUGCUUGCCAUGAUCCAGGCCUUCUUCAACAACGCCCUUCACAUCGAUGACGACUUCCUCAUCAAGAAGAUCAUAACCAUAGAGGUGGUGGGUGAACCUGCAAGCCUUGCCGACCCCCUCAGCAUCCCGGAGUGCUCCACACCGGGCCACUGGUCAGUCGGCCCUGGUGCUCUCACACAGCUGGAGUUAGCCCGCAGUCUGUCCCCUUCAGGAGCUCAGGGCUCAGUGGGUGGAGGGCCAAGAACACCGGGCAACUCCCUGUGUCCCCCGGCACUGUGGGGUCUCCUGCGGCACCAGUCCUCAGGGGAAAGUGCCACCUCCACCUCCACCACCCUGCACCCCCAAUCCUCCACCGACAGCGAGCGCCACCAGUCCAGCCUCGAUCCACAGUCCUCGUAUGACAGCGUGAGUGACUACCUGACUUCAGACACUGAUGACCUGGCCUGCAAUGUCUCUGGGCUGUACCCUCGGGGCUGGGCAGUGUCCGGUGCCCACGUGGUGUCUGGGCAGCCGCUAUCAGUCCGGGCAGCCCUGAGUCAGCUUCAGCAGCCUGGCCAGUCCUGCUCUAUAGUGACCAACCCCUUAGAGGACUUGUGGCAGCAGGAGGAGGGGAAGGCAGGGAGAGCGGCAGAUGAUGGCUGCGUUGGCCGACAGAGCGUGGCCUGCCUCAACGGGCCGUCUUCAGGCUCUGGCCAGGUCCGUAGUAAGACUCUGCCGCGCGUAAAGAAAAGCUGUGGUCACCCCCAUACCUGCCUACCCGGGAGUGUGAUCUGCCAGGGGAUGGGGAUUCAACCGCCACAUCCUGGGAAAAAAGAGCGGGAUCUGGUGCGUGAGGCGGCCCAGUACUACCAGCGAGCUCUUGACGCCGCGCAGGUCCGCCGUGAGGGCCCCACGCGUGACCCGAGCUCUGCCAGUGACGAUGAUUUCUCCUUCAACGGGAGUCGCGAUGAGGCAGUGGUGACCCAGGAGCCACUCAGAUACCCCGUGCGCAUCAGGAGCGAGGCAGACCUGACCCGGGCCACCAGCAUCAUCCGGGAUAACCUCGCCAACAUCAUACAAAACUAUCUAUUCAAACCAGCCAUGUCUCCUGAAAGCCAGCCCUUGGUGUCACGUCUUGCACUUGAACAGCCCACCAUCAAGCUACUAGGCACGGAGGGAGCGGCUGAAGCACGUCUAUCCACCAGUGGGAGCUCAGAGUCCAAGGAAGGGAGCAGCCCACCUCCUCUCGUGCUAGCCGGGGUCGGGCAGGCAAAACCGCUCUCUCUUGCCCCUCUACACAAGCCUACUCUUCAGCACCAGCCUGCACCCAAAGCCCGGGCCUCCUCCCCUGUCUCGGUCCAGCUGGCCUGCCUUCCAAGCCCAUACCAGAAGCCUGAAGCAGUGACCGAGCUCCCGCAUGUGACAAAGAAGGAGAAGAAGCCGUUUACUAAAUCCAGCGGGAGAGCGUCGGCGCGAGGGGACAAACGCCUGACCAAGACUGAGGAGAUCGUGUUGCCGCCUUUCAUCAGGGGAAGCCACAUUGACGUCCCCAUCACCGCUGAGGAGGACCUUGUCACCCGUUCCUCGUCCUCCUCCGCCACUUCAAAUCACCCCGAGAGCUUCCCCCACCAUGAGCUCAUCAACACCACCACCACCUCCUCUGACAGCAGGGACGAGAACACACACGAUGCAGCCAUGAGAAAGCAAGUGAAAGGGGUCGGGAAAGCCCAGGAAAUCCUCGUCACCUCAGCCCCAGGGGUCAGGCUAGUCCCCAGACCCCAGGACUCAGACACAUCCUCCGAAACAGACACCAUAUCAUCCACCGACACAGCCGUGGAUAAAAGGCCGGAUAUCACAGCCAUGGAUGCGGCGUUCAGGGCAGACCUUGAGGCAGGGAAGUCCCCAGCACCCCUCCUUGCAGCCCUAGCGUCCAUCAGCCACGGCCAGACCACAGACCCUAAGAUAAAUGGCAUCCCGGACAUAGCCAUGAUCCCGCCCACCCCUGACACGGAUACAGAUUCUGGCGCCGGCACUGUCAUGACCUCAGUGACCCUGGACACAGAUACAGAUUCAACGCCAGGGACUGUAAUGACCUCCGUAUCCGUGGACACAGACCGCUCCCCCACGCCCUCAGACAGAGAGACUGCCGCACCAACCCCAGACACAAAGAAAAUGCAGGAAGACACAGAAGGAACCCCCAUGCAGACCUCCAGAGACAUGCUGGACGCUGACAAGUCUUCAGGACCCACCGGCCAAGAUAAGACUGAGGCUCCAGAUGGCAUCAUGGCAGCCCCAGGCCUUGGCAAGCAGGGUGAGGUGUGCACAAGGGUUGUGGCCCCAGGAGAGAAGGGUGAAGGGGCUGCCCGGGAGGGUGCGCGCAGCCCCGGGGCAGUGGUGACCAUCGUGCACGAUGGCUGCAUCUCCCCCAUCAUGGAGAACAACGGGCUGUCCUGGAAUGGGUCCUCGCCAGCCAGCGAGGGCCAGGCUGAGGCGUGCCAGCGGCCGCGCUGCCUCAAGGACACCCACAAACUCAACACCAAGUCCAGCACGGCCAGUGAGAGCUCCUUUGAGUCCCUGCCCUACAGGAUGCUGACCUCCCAGCCUGAGAGCCUCACUGACGACCUGGCGGCCGCCAUCGCCAUUGAGCUGACGCGCCCCCCGCCGGAGACGGAGCGGCUGCGUGCGGCGCGGCUGGAGCUGAUCCGCCAGGAGCGCAUCCACGCCAUCUCCCUCAUGAGCACCGUCACCACAGACUCCGAGGAGGGCCAGGCUUGGGCCACCGCCCUGGAGCAGCAGCUGCCGGCCACCAGCCCCACAGUGGAGAACGGCGCACAGGAGACCUGGGAGAGCCCCAUGGUGGACUCCGGGGUGGAGCUGGGCGGCCUGCAGGAGGCCUGCGUGGAGUACUCCAGCAAGCCCCAGCAGCCCUGCUCCCCCACCAGCCCCAUGGAGUCCGCCCCAGAGUCUGGCUUCUCCAGCCUGCGGGAGACAGUGCCGGAGGGCUCGGGGCGCGGCGGCCGGGGCGGGGUGUGCCUCAGCAAGUCCAAGGACAGCCUGGACCUGACGGACGCCGACCGCUGCCCAGGCACCGACACUCUCUCCGAUGACAUGGAGACCCUGUCCUCCAGCGCCGGGGAGGCCACGCUGAUGGAGAGCGGCCCCGUGUCCCGCCGUGCCUCCCCCAGGAAUAGUGUAGGGGACUCCCAGAGUGGUGGAGGCUCACCCAAGGAGCUGGAGAGCAGUGGUGGGGGGCAGCUGGCGGAGGAGAAGGCCUCCAGGUGCCUCUCCGAUGACAGCAGUGAGUACAGGAUGAAGACCAGUGAGUCCCUGUCCUCGGAGGACACGGUGGUGUCCCGGCCCUCCCUGGACGACCAUGGCCCAAAACACGAGUCCCAGGGCUCCCUGGAGGACCUGCUGGAGACCCCUGAGGGUGGGGCAGGGCAGCCCCCCCAGGCCCUGGCCCCAGCCAGGGAGGAGGAGCUGGAGAAGGGCAUCCUGGAGGCCCUGAAUGGGUAUGGCUCCGUGGAGGACAGAUGGGAGCCGCACUACACGUGGCCGCCGGGGCCCAGCUUCAUGAGCCAGUCCCUGCACCUGUCCAUCGCCGACAAGCUGCGGCUGCUGAGUGAGUCUGAGGAGGAGGCACACAUCAGGACACAGGCACGGGGCAUCAGGACCAAGCGGGCCAUGAGUGCCACGGCCACUGCCACCACCCUGGGCCAGGCAGCCAGGGCCAGCCAGGCACACACGCACCUCAGGGUGGAGGCAGAUGGUAUUCCGCCCCCUGGCCCACGGCCCUCCACCACCAGGGGCUCCAUGGCCCAGGCCAGGCAGACAAAGCCUCAUGGCAGGAGAAGGAGUGACCAGCUGAGUCCCACGGCAGCCACCACCCACACCACUGGCCCAGCCCAUUGCCAGCCCACUGAAAAGACCCACAGCAGUGCUCCAGUCCACGGCCAGGCUACUGAAAAGACCCACAGCAGUGCCCCAGUCCACAGCCAGUCCACUGAAAAGACUCCUAGCAGUGCCCCAGCCCAUGGCCAGGCCACCGAAAAGACCCACAGCAGUGCCCCAGCCCAUGGCCAGGCCACCGAAAAGACCCACAGCAGUGCCCCAGCCCAUGGCCAGGCCACCGAAAAGACCCACAGCAGUGCCCCAGCCCAUGGCCAGGCCACCAAAAAGACCCACAGCAGUGCCCCAGCCCAUGGCCAGGCCACCAAAAAGACCCACAGCAGUGCCCCAGCCCAUGGCCAGUCCAAUGGUACCAAAACACACAGCACUGCUCCUACUCAUGGUCAGUCCACCUCUUCAAAGACCCACAGCAUUGCCCAUGACCCUGCCCAGCCCACCACGGCCAUGGCCCACAGUAGUACCCCUGACCCUGUCCCUUCUACAGCUGCCGAGACCACCAGUAGUACCCCUGACCCUGACCCUUCUACAGUUAAGACCUUCACCAGUGCCCCUUCUACAGCUGCCGAGACCAUCAGUAGUACCCCUGAUCCUGACCCUUCCACAGCUGCCGAGACCAUCAGUAGUACCCCUGACCCUACCCCUUCUACAGCUAAGACCUACACCAAUGCCCCUUCUACAGCUGUGAAAACCAUCAGUAGUACCCUUUCUUCUACCCCUGUCACAUCCAAGGCCCUGAGUGGUGACCCUUCCCCUACCCCUGCCACCCCCAUCCCUGACCAGAGCUCCAUCAAAACACACAGCCCUACCCCUGCCCCUGACUUCCCCAGCACCACAAAGCCCCCUGUCGACACCCCUACCCUUGGCCAGACAACCCAAGCAAAGGUCACCAAUACCACCCCUGUUUCUGACCAACCCAUGGCUACCAAGGUCGUUAUUCUUGACCAACCUGUCCCAAAAAAGGUUAUCAUCAGUGCCCUACCCUCGAGCCAACCCGCCACUGCAAGGGUUGGUAAUACUGUAUCUAGUUCCGAUCAACCUACCACUGUAAGGGUUGGUAAUACUGUAUCUGCUUCCGAUCAACCUACCACUGCAAGGGUUGGUAAUACUGUCUCUGCUUCCGAUCAAUCUACUGCUACAAGGGUUGGUAACACUGUCUCUACUUCCGAUCUGCCCACCACUGCAAAGGUCAUAAUUAGCACCCUUCCCACACCCCAAACCACCACUACAAAGGCUAUUAUCACCCCUCCGUCACCCCAGCCCACCCCAGGAAAGCCCCACACCACCCCCCCAGCCAUUACCCAAUCCUCCCCAGACACCUGCAUCCCCCACCAAGACCAAACUCCCACUGCAAAGACCUAUACUAGUGGGGGCCAUUCCACCCCCUCAACCAUUGCCAAGACGGACAGCAAUGGUCAUGUCCCUCCCCCUCCUCCCCCCAUCAUCGCCAGCAGUAAUAGCAGCUACACGUCCGGCACCAUUAGCACCAAUGACGCCCACAGCAGCACCACUACCAACUCAAGCAGGCCAAGUCGGCACUCGAGUAAGAGCGGAGUCUCGGAUCUGGAGGACGAGGUCUUUCUCCCACCACCCGAAAACCUCAUUCUGAACGGCCACACGGUUAUCUACUGCCCCAGGGUGGACAUGGCGAGUCAGAUGGCAACCGUUUCACCCAAGGCUGCCAUGGCGUUCUAUGGUGCGGGUGUUGGUGGGUUUGGGGAGAGCGUACACCCUAGCCCUUCCCCCCUGCCUCAUAUCUUCCUCCCUGCCCAGCACAUCACUCCCCCGACACCCCCGUCCUCAUCCGUAGCCCCGUCACCCGCUGUCAUUACCACAUCAUCAUCAUCGUCAUCAUCACCGUCUGUUACGGCAGGGUCAUCAUCGUCCUUUUCAGAGGGGGCGACGGCACCAGUGACGGCACCUACGCCAACACCAACCACGACACCGCCAGCGCCGCCAAGCCGUAAACAGCAACCGAACAAUCGCCAAACUGUGGUGGUGGAGUGUGGUGACGCCCUACCACCCAAGGACAUCCCUCCAGCCACCCACUUCCCGCCUACUCCAACGAGCGCAAGUCCACCUCUGCUGCACCACCACCAAAUGUCAACCGCCACCACUGUCACCACUACCACCACCACCACCAUAGCCACCGAAGCUCAUAUAACCACAGAUGUGAAGAGCGGGAAACUUGUGAGGCCUUCCAAAGCAUCUCACGCCACCAGAAAUGAGAAAAAUAAGGAAGUGCAAGAUAUAGAAAGUCCCACCAUUGUCACAGACUCGCUGGAGGGCGCGGACGGCAAACCUCGACUACAGCGCACGCCCCACUUGGAUAGAGUCGACACCAGCGCCUCCCCCACCACCAACAGAUCCCCCACACCCCCGGUACACUUCCCUUUACUGGGCAGCAAGAGUGAGAGCACCUGCCUGGCCCAGAAGACCUCCCCUCCACAACUCCCACCAAAGAGAAAUGGAAGGUUUGAGAUCGUGAACCGAACCCUCCAAGACACGGCCGCCAGACCCGCCAUGGCCAGUGCUGAAGACCUCGGCCAGACCCCAAAGGUUAGUGAUAAGGCCAAGUGGGGCCGGGGGCUGAGGGAUGGCCGGCGUGGGGGCAGUGAGGAGGCCCCGGCAAAGACACACUCCCCGAACCUACGAAAAUACGGCAGUGAGGAGUUGUCGAGGGCCACCCCAGACAGCCAGGGCUCCUCCACCUCCAAGAGCUACCUCGAUGCUGACCUGAGCUCCGUGGGGUCCUUCCAGGGUGCCGGUGGGUCCUUGGAGCUGCUGGAGGGGUGCCAGAAGGGCCGCUGGUCACCUCACACCCGCGCCUCCGUCACCACAGCCCACUCGCAGGAGCUGACACGGUGUGAGCAGGUCAGUUUGAAGUCCGAAGGCUCCCUGGAUAAAUUCCCACACUUUGACCAGGUCAGUGCCAGCCAGCGACCCGGUGUGCCCCGCAGGAAGGGUGUGUCCGUGGAUGACUCGGGGUCUGGCCACGGCGGCGAACACAUGCACCGCAGCCUGACCCUGCCCGGCUCCUUCUCCAGCCCCAGGAAGGACGAGAAAAAGAGGGACAAGGAGGAGAAGGGCAAGAAGAAGAAGAAGGAGAAGGAGGCGGUGGCCGGCGGGGAGAAGAAGUCCGCCAUGAUGUCACUCAAAGGUCUGCUGCGGCGGAAGUCCAAGGAGAAGGAGAAGGAGAGCACCUCCCAGGAGAAGCUGUCCUCGCCCUCACUCUUCCGGCGGCUGGAGCGGCGCAGCAAGAGUGGCAGCCCUUCGCCGCUGUCAGACUCCCGACACCCCCGCCAAGGUAACAACUCUCCCUCCAGUAGCCCCGUAGACCCCGCCCUGCGCAGCCCCGUAGUAGCCAAUGGCAAAACUCGGCCUGUAAUUAGCAGUCCUGUGGCCCUGCAGCAGGCAGCACCCCUGACCGCAGCCCCCGCCUCCACCACCACCACCACCGCCACCCCUGCCUCAGCACCCCCCGCUACUGCUGCCCCCAGUAGAGGCUCCGGCGUGUCCUGCUCCGACAGUGAGAGUGCCCCCAGCAGCACCCCAGCCUCCCCCCAGCGCCGGGUGUCCCUGGCCCGUUGUGGCGGCCUGGCCGGCCAACCCUCACCCCGGCUGUACAAACAUGUCCUGACGCGCAACCUGUCCAGCAGCCAGGAGUCCCUAGACAGCUCCAUCCUGUCCUCGGCCCAGUCCUCACCCCAGUCCUCGCCCCACGGCUCACCCCAGCGCUGUGUUAUACCCCAGUCCGCCUCCUCCCUCAGCCUGCCCGCCGGCCGGGAGCACAGCCCCCCGGCCCCCGUCAUGGGCACACGGGCCCUCCGGGGGUCCAGCAGCAGCUUCUCCGUCACCAUUGGGUUCAGGCCGCGGGUGGAGCGCCGGCGGGGGCAGCGCACGGUGAGCGAGGGCGCCGACCUCAACCGCGUGAGCCUGUCCCCCGGCCCUCGGCGCGGCACCGGCGAGGGCUCCCGCGUGCUGACCCAGCUGGGCAAGCGCUCCUCCUCCAUGGAGAUCUUGGUGUGCGGCAAGAUCCGGGAGCACUGCCCAGAGCCCGGCGGCUCCCCCGGCGGCCCCCCCGGCGGCCCCCGCAUGCCCUUCUCCCGGGAGGGCAGCUUCCGCCUGCACCGGGAGAUCUCAGUGGAGACGCUCUUUGAGGUGCCGGAGGGGGCGAGGGCUGGUGGCUCCUCGGAGGACUACCGCCGCUACCUGGACCGUGUGCAGGCAGCGCGGCACGGCUCCUCCAGCAGCCUGGUCGAGGAGCCCCGCCCCGCCCCCGAGGCCACGCCCCGCCACCGCCCCAGGAAGUAUAGUGUCCCUCAAGGCAUGCAUCUUUCAGGCAUGAGGGAGGCGGCCAUGUCCAACCCAAACCUGCAGCGGGCCGGCUCCCCCCUGGUGCGCGGGAUGACCCACAGCUCAACCUUCUCUGCCAGCCCCCUGCGACGCCCGACCUCCGCCACACCGGCCUUCUCGCCGGCCAAGCGCAGCCUGUCCUCCGCAGGCGGCGGAUCCCAGGGCAAUGAGCUGGGCGGCGGCGGAGGAGGAGGAGUGCCGUUGAUGCGAGUGGAUGAGGAGGGCCCCGCCAGGAAGAACCUCGACGCCUCCACGGACAAGCCGCCAAACAUCCUGGUGUAUGCCGCCAACAACGCUGAGUACUAUGUCAAGGUGCAGCAGACUAUCGCCCUCUGUGUCAACCCAGACAGGUACAUCAUCUACCACCUGACGGAUGAGCUGGCCUUCAAGUCCCCAUGGAGCGGCAGCACGACUCUCCUUGUGGUGUGUGGCGACGUCCCGGCCCAUAUCUCUACAGUCUUCAUCAGGUAUCUUCUGAAGGGCGGGAGGGUGCUGUCGGUUUGCUCGGACUUCCUCAACAUGGCCGUCCCCCUCUUCGCUUUCGAGCUGCCCUGGACUUCUAGCCUUGUAGCCUCAGGAACGGUUGAGGUUCAGGAGCAGGCGGUUGUGUCGGUGAGCUACCAACGGUGGAGCAGCGUCCACCUCCUCCACCACCAGCACUGCUUCCACUCAUCGCCCAGAAACAAGCGGUUCUCACGCAUCAACGAUACUCCGCCGCUGCCUGACAAGGACCCAGCGGCGACGACCAGCAGGUCAGCCGUGAGUGUGGAGCCAACCCACGUGGAGAUCAUCGACGAGUACGGAGGCCUCCAUCGCCUUGACCUUCGAGUGUUGGCCAAGGAUGACACUUGGGGCGCUCCGACACUGCUCGCCGCCAAGGUCCACGGAGGGCAAGGCAUCGGGGUGUUCUCACAGGUACACUUGGAACAUGACCCCCAGAGCAGCCUUCCCGUUGCCUCUGAGGCCUCGAGUCAGCUGGCCGGAAGCAACACGUCCCGCCUGGAGAUCCUGAGGGAGCUUCUGGCCUCGGAGCUGAACCUGGACACUUCCCUGCAUCCUUUGGUCACCUAUACGCCAGCCUACUUCUUGGGGCGACACCAGCUGAAGGAGGAGUUACUGAGUCAGCUGCGUCCACAUCUCGUUGGGGAGGAGCUGCAGCGAUCGCACCUCUCCAUCCAGUUUGUGAUGCCCGGUUGCGUGCCCAAGCGGCCCGCCGAAAACCUCCUGCCCAUCCUGACCAGUGCCUGCCCCCUCACCUUCUCCACUGUGAAGUACUUUGAGACGCUGAACACCACCUCCAUCGGGCGCCUGGUGAUCUACUGCGACGUGGUGAGCUCCAGCAUGAGGGUGGUGGCUGGCAACCCCCCACUGGUGCACGGCCUGGUGGUCAUCCCUACCCAGCAGACGCAUGGCCAAGGCCGCAGCGGGAACAUGUGGCUCUCUCCCCUGGGAUGCGCAAUGUUCUCCAUCCAGCUGCACCUCUCCCUGUCCUCGCAGCUGGGCCAACACCUCUCCUUCUUGCAACACCUCGUGGCCAUGGCCGUGGUGCAGGCCGUGGUCACCCUACCUGGUUACGCCGACAUUCCCCUGCGUCUCAAGUGGCCAAAUGACAUCUACCUCGGGUCUGACGUGAAGAUUGGGGGCGUGGUGGUGGAGGCGACGACCCUCGGCCCGCAGGUCAUUGUGAAUAUUGGCAGUGGCAUUAACCUGAGCAACAGUAACCCAACCGGCUGCCUCAACGACGCCAUUCGCCAACACAACCAGGAGCAUAACACUUGCCUGGAGGAGCUGGAGCGUGAGGUGUUCCUGGCGAGGGUGUUCAAUGCCCUGGAGAGCCUCAUCCACACCUUCCAGAACAGAGGACCGGGGGCAGUGCAGCACCUAUACUACAGGCACUGGCUCCACAGCAACGCGGUGGUGACGGUUCAGAGCGAGCACCGUCACACCCAGUCCGCCGUGGUCAUCGGAAUCGACUCCUACGGGUUCCUACAGGCUCGUCUUGCCACUGGAGAAACCAUCACCUUGCAGCCAGACGGGAACUCCUUCAACAUGAUGGAAGGACUCGUCUACUCAAAAGUGAAGUGAGGCGUUGAUGGCG